UCAAAUAUUCAAAUAACGAGAAAGUUUGUGUUGUUUUUUUUUUUUUUACUGCUGUUUCAUCUCCAAGCAGCAGAAAAUGGAUCAAACUGGAAGGGCGUCUUCCAUUUCUGGACAAUGUCGCCCUCUGCCGGUCAAACGCACAAAUCUACCGUUACCAUGCCUACAGGAUCUCCGAGUCGGUUCGACUGUAAAGUUCUGUAGUCUCAUCGUUGUGGCGCAAAACAGGACAUCUCAGCUUACUUUCUGAGACGUUCGUGCCCAAACAGCGUCAGGAUGUCCAGGCGAACCGGCUGGAGGAACGUUCCCAGCGACACGGUGAGCUCCCAUCAGGACCAAGCCCUCGGCUCCACCGUGUUCCUUCUGCGGUCCUUCGGCCCGACCGCCUUCCUGCUCAGGGAGGACGGAGAGACGGCCACCUUUAAGGUGUGCUUGGGCGAGCGGCAUACGUGCACCUGUCCGACGUUCGCCAGGGAGCAGCAGCCGUGCAAACACAUCUGCUGGCUUUUACUGAGGAAAUUCCGGCUACCCAGAGAGCACCAGUAUGCAUUUCAGGCGGGGCUGUCGGAGCGCCAGCUGCUGGAGGUUCUCCAGGGUUCACACCAGGCUAUAGCCUCUGCUGCUGAGACCCCCCAUCAGAGCCUUCCAGGACAAGAGACCGGAGUCAUCUGCCGGAAAGAGAUUCAGAACCGGGACGUGUGUCCCAUCUGUCUGGAGGGGCUGCUGCAGAAAAAACAGCCCGUGUGUUACUGCAGGUACGGCUGCGGUAACAGCGUCCACAUCUCCUGCAUGAAGGUGUGGGCCGACCACCAGGGCCUGUCGGACGGCCGGGAGAUGCUGCGGUGCCCCCUGUGCAGGGAGUGCUUCAGCUCCCUGCAGCUGCUCCAGGAGCAGGCAAAGAACGUGGCCCGGCUCUUCACGGCUGCUGAGAGGGAGCGAGCAGAGAGACACCUGGGAGUGGUCUGCUGCAGCUGCAGAGUGGGCCCGGUCACCGGGACCUGCUACAGAUGCUGCCUCUGCAGCUCUCUGUAUCUCUGUGAGACCUGCGCAACGCAAGGCAGCCACUCGCAGCAUCCUCUUGCUACGAGAAAGACCAGAAAAGAAGAGUGGACUCCUGCGUCUGCGGGCUCCUCCUUGGAUCCAGAGCCACAGGAUGGAAGGUGCGUUCAGGAAGGAUUUAGUUCCUGCAGUGCUCACGUGGUUGCCAAGUGUUGCCGUCUUCUCCUCAGUGCUCCGGCGGAGCCUCCUGCGGACGUCGUGUUGAAGCGUGUCCCCGCGGCCGUGGUGAGGCGCGGCUCUCGGCUGCUGGAUGAGGGGAUGCAGUGUCGGAUCUGCCUGCGGGGAUUCGGUCUGGGUCAGAGGCUCCGAACUCUUCCCUGUCAACACAAGUUUCACGUGGACUGUGUGGACCAGAUCCUCCUGAGGUCACGCUCCUGUCCCCUAGACGGAUAUGUCAUCUACUGUCAGAGACCGACGGACAGGAAGAGCUCUCCCGAGGUCGCCUCCGUCCCGCAGCAGGAAGACCGCCUGAAAGACCUGUUUGUCCCUGGGAUAGCGCUGCUCGCUCAAAAUACCAAACCCUCUCCUGCGUGUGGAGCUCCUAACUCGGAGGUGCCGAUGGACGGCUCGUCUUUUAGUUGUCUAGCGCCGAAUACCCUCAAAAAGACCCGAGGCGGCAUGGCCGCCAGGAAAGCCAAAGUGCAUCCGAAAGAUGCGGACGAGGAGACCGUUAGAGACGCGACGGGAGACGGCUUGGAGCUGAGAAUGACCGGAUUUUCCAUAAACAAACAAUAAUAGCAGACGAGGAUGUCUGCACUUUUCACUCGAUGUGUUCUAAUCUAAUUAUUAAAUCAGUCAAAAUCA